AUGCUGCUCCCGCUGCUGCUGUCCUUGCUGUGGGGCGGUGAGUGGGCUGAGGGCGAGAAGAGAUCUAGGUUGGGGCUAAGGGACACCAAAUGGUGGCAGGCUCAGGAUCCAGCAUUCCAGCUGGAAGUGCCAGAGUUGGUGACAGUGCAGGAGGGUCUGUGUGUCCUUGUGCCCUGCACUGUCACCUACCCCAAAAUUGAGUGGGACGACUCUACCUCAGCUUAUGGCUACUGGUUCAGAAAAGGGACCAAAAAGACCACUGCUGAUCCAGUAGCCACAAACGAACCAAAUACAAAGGUGCAAAUGAGCACCCAGGACCGAUUCCAGCUUGUUGGGAAUCCCCACAACUACAGCUGCUCCUUAGUCAUUCGAGAUGCACGGAAGGAGGAUAUGGCAGCGUACUACUUUCGGGUGGAGAGAGGACCCUACGUGAAAUAUAAUUUCAACUCAUUCUUUCUGAAUGUGACAGCCCUGACUCAGAGGCCAGAUGUCUACCUCCCUGAGACCCUGGAGCCCGAGCAGCCAGUGACAGUCAUCUGUGUGUUUAACUGGGCCUAUGAGGGGUGUCCAGCAGCGACUUUCUCCUGGAAGGGGGCUGUCCUCUCCUCCCAAGAAACCAAACCGACAACCUCCUACUUCUCUGUGCUCAGCAUCACACCAAGCCCCCAGGACCAUGACACCAACCUCACCUGCCAAGUGGACUUCUCCAGAAAGGGUGUGAGCACACACAGGACCGUCCAACUUAGCAUAGCCUAUGCUCCCAAAGACCUUGUUCUCAGCGUAUCCCGUGACAACACAUCAGCCCUGCAGCUCCAGGAAAAUGUCCUAUCACUGGAAGCCCAGAAAGGCCAGUUCCUGCGGCUCCUCUGUGCUGCUGAUGGCCAGCCCCCUGCCAUGCUGAGCUGGGUCCUGGACGACAGAGUCCUGUCUCGGUCCAGCCCCUCAGGCCCCAGAACCUUGGAGCUGGAGCUGCCCGGGGUGAAGGCUGGGGACUCAGGGCGCUACACCUGCCGAGCAGAGAACAGGCUUGGCUUCCAGCGCCGCAGCCUGGACCUCUCUGUGCAGUAUCUUCCAGAAAAUCUGAAAGUGAUGGUUUCCCAAGCAAAUAGGACAGUCCUGGCAAACCUCAGUAAUGGCACAUCCCUCCCAGUCCUGGAGGGCCAGAGCCUACGCCUGGUCUGUGUCACCUGCAGCAAUCCCCCAGCCAGGCUGAGCUGGGCCUGGAGGAGGCAGACCCUGAGCCCCACCCAGCCCUCAGACCCUGGGGUCCUGGAGCUGCCUCGGAUACAAAUGGAGCAUGAAGGAGAAUUCACCUGCCAGGCCCAGAACCCGCUGGGCUCCCAACACAUCUCUCUCAGCCUCUCUGUGCACUACCCCCCACAGCUGCUGGGCCCCUCCUGCUCCUGGGAAGCUGAGGGUCUACACUGCGGCUGCUCCUCCCGAGCCCAGCCGGCCCCCUCCCUGCGCUGGUGGCUUGGGGAGGGGCUGCUGGAGGGGAACAGCAGCAACUCCUCCUUCACGGUCACCUCCAGCUCAGCUGGGCCCUGGGCCAACAGCUCCUUGAGCCUCCACGGGGGGUUCAGCUCUGGCCUCAGGCUCAGCUGCGAGGCCGAGAACAUCCAUGGAACCCAUAGCAUCAUAGUCCUGCUGCUGCCAGAUAAGAAGGGAUCCAUUUCAACAGCUUUCUCCAAAGGAGUCUUUCUGGGAACUGGCAUCACGACUCUCCUUUCCCUCUGCCUCAUCCUGAUCACUGUGAAUACUCUACGGAAGAAAUGGACCCAGGCAGAGACUUUGAGGCCCAGAGUUUCUCGAAGCAGCACAAUCCUAGAUUACAUCAAUGUGAUCCCCAACACCGGUCCCCUGGCUCGGAAUAGGAGAGCCAAACCAAGCAGCCCUUCCCAGUCCCCUUCACCAGGCGUUCACCCCCCAGAACCAAAGAAGAACCAGAAGGAGCUACGUUUUGCUUCCCCGAGUGGCCCAAGACCUAAAUCAUCUACUCAAGACCCAGAAUAUGAAAACAGCCAAGAAGAGCUCCAUUAUGCUACGCUCAAGUUCCUAGACCUCAGACCCAGACUCGAGGAUACCCAGGCAGAUUAUGAAGAAAUCGAGUUCCACUGAGGGUCUCUUGGGCUUUAGGACUGGGACCUUGGCUAGA